GUACAUGUAUAUAAAUGAAGGAAAGAACGAGAACGCGAGUGAGUAAAAUCAAGACGCAUUCAUCGCUGUUGUGGAGGACUGGAGGUCGAAGACAUGAAGGCUUCAUACAUGCUGGUGAUCACGGUGCUGUGGUUGUCUGCUAACGCCAGGAUCCUGGAGGGAGACAAUAGCGCCGUCUCUGUGGACCUCCAGCAGUACUGUGCCACCCAUUUCCCAAAGGCCUGCAAACUGAACGACUACCAGGACUGGUAUCAAAUAAGUUCCUUCUGUGUCAAAUAUUUCAGCACUCCUGCAAACUUCAGCGAUGCCGAGUUCAGCUGUAGGAGUAAGGCUCCAGGGGGUCACCUGGUGUCAGUGCACAAUGACCAGGCCAACACGAAUCUCCUGUGCUUGGUGAUGAAGUACAACUACACCAAUCCGCGCGUCUGGCUGGGGGCUUUGGAGCUGUUCACAUCAAACCAGUUCAUCUGGACAGACGGUUCGGAAUGGAAUUUCCAGUUCUGGGUCCCGGGUCAGCCUGACAACACAGCGAACCAGGAGGAUUGUGUGGAGAUGAACUGGAAAAACACGGGGCACUGGAAUGACGAUCGAUGCCACGUAAAGAAGAGCUAUAUGUGUUCCUUCAGCAGCAAAGUCUGAAUAAACAUCAUUGCAAGUGCUUUCUGGCAAUGCUAAGAAACUAUUACGGCAAACUGGGUUACAGAUUAAUUUGCGCAAAGGUUAAAGAAGAAAAAAUCAUAAAGGGGAAAUUGAUUAUGCUUGGCAAAAUAUAUGAAAAAUAAAAAUA